GCAGGCCAGCUCUUGAUCAAGGUAUUUCUGAGAAGGUGAAAGCUUCAAACGAUCUCCACAUUGCAUCGGAUUCACCUGCUACUCGGGGAGCCCCCUGUCUUCGCUCACCUUCGAUUGUAACGAGUGUGUUACUACCGUUACUCGGGUGACGGUCGAAGGCCAUUCGACAGUAGAGGCGCGGCGCUGCCACUUGCGAGACGACAUGACCUUGUUUUCGGAUGCGGCCCAGCGAGGCUGGCUGCCUGGUGGCCAAGGCAGCGAUUUGCAGUGGAGCCGAAAUCAACCUCGAAUGAGUCGGGAGCGUCGGGCAAAGGUCAUCAUUGCCUAUCUCCCGGACUGGGUCCUCACGAUCCUACUCGCCGGUGUGCUCGCAAUCAUCAACAAAGCGCACGGCUUCCGCCGAGAAUUCAGCUUGACGGACACUUCCCUUCAGCACACUUACGCCGUGACCGAGCGUGUGCCUGUAUGGCUACUGGUCGUCACGACAGUGAUCAUCCCGAUCGUUCUCAUCGCAUUCAUCGGACUGGUGACCUGCCGCUCAUUUUGGGACUGUCAUGCUGGUUUACUCGGUCUCAUUCUCGCGCACGCGCUUACAGUUACGGCCACAACAAUCAUCAAAGUCACAGUUGGCCGUCCCAGACCAGACGUGAUCGACCGCUGCCAACCGCCCGGCGAAGCAAGUAACGCAUCUCCGUAUGGUCUCGUGACGGAUGCGAUCUGCACCCGUCCCGUGGACAGCAGCAUCAUCACUGAUGGCUUCCGCUCCUUCCCAUCGGGGCACUCGAGCACCGCCUUUGCGGGCAUGGCCUUCCUGUCGCUCUACUUGGCCGGGAAAGUACGACUAUUCGAUCACCGCGGCCACGCCGCGUCAGCAUGGCUGGUCUUCUUCCCAAUGAUCGGCGCCACUUUGAUCGCCAUCUCCAGGUUAGAAGACUACAGGCACCAUCCAACUGAUGUGAUCGCCGGGGGUAUUCUCGGCACUAUCAUCUCCACCACCAUCUACCACCUCUACUACCCACCACUGUGGGACAGGCGCUGUCAGAAGCCGUGGGCGCCGCGUAUUCCGAGGCAGACACUGCCAUCCAACGAGCUUGAAGCGGAGGGGCUCGCGGCUGAGCCCUAUCAUGAGCACGCGAGUGACUCCGCUGGUGGCGCCCAGUGUGUCACUUCCACCGAUGGCUUGCCCACCAUAUCCCCCCAUGGCGCACCGGUGCAGCCGUACAGUCAUCCUAUUACACCAUAGAUAAUCACAAGUUUCCUACCCUGCAACCCGGAAGCAGAGCCUGCAGCCUUUCGAUAACGUAUUGCGCGGUGUUGUUCAGUCGAUGUCCACAGUAUCCCGACGGCAAAGCGAUGGGCGAAAGAGCUGGUUCGGGCUGACGUAGACUUCCCUGCGAUCCCGCUACUACUGCUACUGCUUCCAUAGCCACUACGGCCGCACUAUCACCUGUUUGCUUUUGUGUCUCUAUCUCCGCCUUUGUUCCUCCAUGAAGCAUCAUAGCCAGCUCCAAGCUAGGAAAGGGAGGAAAGGGGGUCAAAUGAAUUGCUCGCUUUUGUCCUUGGGAGGGGCGCUUCAGUGAGAGCUGCGAGAACUGAC